AUGGAGGCUUUCCCUUGGGCGCCCCGCUCGCCCCGCCGCGGCCGCGCCCCCCCGCCCAUGGCGCUCGUGCCCAGCUCCCGCUACGUGAGCACCCAGGGCCCGGCGCACCCGCAGCCCUUCAGCUCGUGGAACGACUAUCUGGGACUCGCCACGCUCAUCACCAAGGCGGUGGACAGCGAGCCGCGCUUCGGCUGCGCCCGCGGCGGGGACGGCGGCGGCGACGGCUCCCCGCCCUCUUCUUCCUCCUCGUCGUGCUGCUCCCCCCACGCGGGGGCCGGGCCCGGGGCGCUGGGGCCCGCUCUGGGGCCUCCCGACUACGACGAGGACGACGACGACGACGACAGCGACGAUCCGGGAUCCCGGAGCCGCUACCUGGGGGGCGCGCUGGAGCUGCGCGCGCUGGAGCUCUGUGCGGACCCUGCCGAGGCCGGGCUCCUGGAGGAGCGUUUCGCUGAGCUGAGCCCAUUUGCCGGUCGCGCCGCCGCCGUGCUUCUGGGCUGUGCACCCGCCGCCGCCGCCGCCACCACCGCCGAACCGGCGCCGCGAGAGGAGCGGGCCCCGGCGUGGGCGGCCGAGCCCAGGCUGCACGCCGCCUCCGGGGCGGCCGCCGCCCGGCUGCUCAAGCCCGAGCUGCAGGUGUGCGUGUUUUGCCGGAACAACAAGGAGGCGGUGGCGCUCUACACCACCCACAUCCUUAAGGGACCCGACGGGCGGGUGCUGUGCCCCGUGCUGCGCAGGUACACGUGCCCCCUGUGCGGUGCCAGCGGCGACAACGCGCACACCAUCAAGUACUGCCCGCUUUCCAAAGUGCCGCCGCGCAGCGCCCGGGACGGCCUGCCCGGCAAGAAGCUGCGUUAA